GGGGAGCCAGGGGCGGCGAGGGCACGCUUUGCGGCGCCUCGGGCUCCGUCCUUGCCUCCCCGCCCGGCCCUCUGUGCUUCCUGGGGCUGCCGGCGUCUGUCGCUGCCCCGGCCCCGCGGCUCUCGGCCACGCUCCCUUCUCCGGACAGAUGGUACAUCCCGCUCCUCCACGCCCCCCCUCCUCCGGCCGCCGCCAUCUUGGCGCCUCCUCAGCGCAGCAGCUGAGCGGGACCUCGUCCCGCGGUGGAACGAACCACCGAGGAGGAAGCGCGGGGGUAGGCGGGGCGGGAGGACGGGUUGGCCGCGGACGAAACCACCCCGCGACUGUCGCGAAGGGGGAGGCGUGAGGUUCGGUCUGGCGCCGGGCGGAAGGGGCGGACGGUACCACUUGGCACCUGACAGGGGGUGGGGUCCAGGGACCCAACCAUUGGCAAGAGGAGGGGCGACCCUGCCCAGCCGGACCGUCGAGGGGGAAGCGGGGCAGGCAGGCAUGUGGGGGCCGCCCCUGUGAACAGGGUGGGCGGGGGAGGGGGGGCUACUAUUGAAGAAAGACCGGGGGGGGAGGGCAGAUGGUACCAUUGUGAGUUUUUGGGAGGGGGCCCCACUGACGGGAUCACCAGGGGGAGGGACUGGGUGAGAUCAUUUUGGAAGGGGGCGGGAGGGGAGCCCGGGAGACACCAGAGGCUGUAAGGGGGGAGGGGGAGCCCAUUGUGAUUGGGUGGGGGGAAUCCAUGGGGUGCCUUGGAGGCCCCCACAGUAAUUGACCCCCUGCUGCCGUCAGCUUGGGGGGUGGGGAGCAGGAGGCUGCAGGGGGGGCUGGGGAGGCCCAGGUGCCCCCACUGAGAGCUGCCCUGGGGGGAGGGGCAGGGCAGGGGCAAGCAGUGUCUCGCUUUAAGCAGCAGGCUGAGUUAGGGGUCAAGGGGGCACAGCAGACCCGGGCCCCGGAGCGGCUGGCAGGCUGGCGCUGGCUGGCAGGGCCCAGGUGGUCGGAGCCAUGCCACACCCCCACUGGUAGGGAGCCCAGGCGUUGCCAAGCCGGGGGUCCAGCGGGGCUGCUCUCGCUGCCAUGGCCUCCAACUGCACGGGGGGCACUGUGCCAGGGAGCGCCAACGCCGCCUUGGGGACCACGCUCAGCGCCUCCAAGACCAAGACCAAGAAGAAGCACUUCGUCUGCCAGAAAGUGAAACUCUUCCGGGCCUCCGAGCCCCUCCUCAGCGUCCUCAUGUGGGGCGUCAACCACACGAUUAACGAGUUGAGCAACGUUCCUGUCCCAGUGAUGCUGAUGCCAGACGACUUUAAAGCCUACAGUAAGAUUAAGGUGGACAAUCAUCUUUUCAACAAGGAAAAUCUGCCCAGUCGCUUCAAAUUUAAGGAAUACUGUCCCCUGGUGUUCCGAAACCUUCGGGAAAGGUUUGGGAUCGACGACCAGGAUUACCAGAAUUCCGUGACGAGGAGUGCCCCUGUGUACAGCGAUAGUCACGGCCGAUGCGGGGUCCGUUUUCUCACCACCUAUGACCGGCGUUUUGUCAUCAAGGCCGUAUCAAGUGAGGACGUUGCAGAGAUGCACAACAUUUUAAAGAAAUAUCACCAGUUCAUCGUGGAAUGUCACGGGAACACUCUUCUCCCUCAGUUCCUGGGCAUGUACAGGCUCACUGUGGAUGGCGUGGAAACUUACAUGGUCGUUACCCGAAACGUGUUCAGCCACCGGCUCACGGUGCAUCGGAAAUACGAUCUCAAGGGUUCAACAGUAGCCAGAGAAGCCAGUGACAAGGAAAAGGCCAAAGAUCUGCCAACGUUUAAGGACAAUGACUUCUUGAACGAAGGCCAAAAACUCCAUGUUGGAGAGGAGAGUAAAAAGAACUUUUUGGAGAAACUGAAACGAGACGUUGAGUUUCUCGCCCAGCUGAAGAUCAUGGAUUACAGCCUGCUGGUGGGGAUCCACGACGUGGACCGGGCAGAGCAAGAAGAGAUGGAAGUGGAGGACCGGGCAGAAGAUGAAGAAUGUGAGAAUGACGGUGUCGGGGGAACCCCUGUGUGGGUUCUUCACGGGACCCCUCCUGACAGUCCUGGUAGCCUUCUCAUUCCCCCGCUUUUUUUGGACCCGGGGGAGUGGCCAGCGAUCAGUGGGAUGUCUCACGCCAAAGCGAAAAGCCGCCAUGAAAGUGCCCCUAAAAAGGAGGUUUAUUUCAUGGCCAUUAUAGAUAUCCUCACGCCAUAUGACGCAAAGAAGAAAGCGGCACACGCAGCCAAAACUGUGAAACACGGGGCUGGAGCAGAGAUUUCCACUGUCAAUCCAGAGCAGUAUUCAAAACGCUUCAAUGAAUUUAUGUCUAAUAUCCUGACAUAGUUAUUUUCCCGCCCUUGGCAAGAAAGAGGGGAGAGGCAGCUUCCAAGGCCACCGGAGGCCGGCAGUCCGCUCUGCUGGGGGGUUGGUGUUCUGUGAGUGUGUGAUGACAGUGUGGCUUAGCAGACGACUCGCUUGUCGCUGUGGGUCUCCGGCCGUUCCGCAACCCCUUGGUGCAGAACUGGGACCUUUCUCUUUCUCUUUUUGGUCGCUAAAAUACCCAAAUGUAAACCUGAGGAAUUAAGUACUGUUACGAUCAACACUUUAUUUUUGACGAGUCUCCUAACAAUCAGACACUAACUGUGAGUAAAUAACAGACGUUAAUCGCACAAACCAGUUGUUCCUUCAAUUGAGAUUUCUGUUCUCCACGUAGAGCCAACGCUCUUGUCGUGGGGUGCGUUUUUUUCCUGCCUCUCUCUAAGAUUUGGACGGAAACAGCGUGCCAUGUUGAGGUCGAACUGUUCUCCUAAUGUUGAGAAGCCAUUUUUAGUAAAUUGAAAUUAGAACCCCCCCCCCCCCCCCCCGACUUUGGUAUUGCAAGUUUUGUUUGCACUGGUCGUCCUUGCAAAACAAGAUGGGAUGUGUGUGACCCCAAGAUGCUUCUGACGGAGACGCAAACCAGAAGAGGAGGCAGCACCAGGCCACGAGAGGCUCGGUGUGCGAGAAAGACACCGGGAUUGGACCAGCUGGGUCACAUGGCCUGCACAGCACAACUCUGCCCAUGUUCAUUUAAUCAUGGCACAGGUGGUCUUUUUUGACCUUCAUCCAGGUGACAUUUGUCUCAGCGGAGCUACCGCUUUUCUAAACAGUAUGCUGUUUGAUUUGGGAUGCUAGAAAUCUGUCUCUGGAGCCUUUGGUCACCUCAGGCUGGGCGGAGGGCAGUCCUCAGCCUUUGAAGAUGGGUCACGUGUUGACCCGACUGACUUCCCUCGUAACCACUAGCGCUGACCGUCAGAACCGUCGGAGUGGCGUGCAUCGGCUCGUCCUUCUGGAACGGUUCAAACCACUUUUGUCCUAUUUGAAUUGCAACUUUUUCCCCGACGUCUCCGGACUGCUUGUGACCUUUGGAUUUCCUAGCCACGCUUGUCAGAACUGCGAGGGUUUCGAACGGUCGGCCUCAAUUCCAUGUUUUAAACAUUAUGAGUGUGGGAUGGGAUGGCGGGGUGGGGUGGGGGGAGGUUGUGGGUUUCCUUUAAAAAAAAAAUGAUUCAGCAGUUUUGGAAACCCCCCCCCCCCCACCUUGCAAUCAAAGAAACUUUGCUCACUCUGCCUUGAAACUGUUUUCCACGUCGGCCUUUUCUACUCCAGAGUGCGGCUAUUGGGAUGUGGCGUCGUGUGCUGUAGUAUGUGGCACUGUUUAUUGCUUUGUGGAUUCUGUCACGUUGAGAGGUUGUUGAACUUGUUUCCCCCCCCCCCACCCCCGCUUCUCCUGUUGCAUAGAUGCCCUCCUUUCCCUACCCCCCUUUUUUAAAGUGUUUCAAGGAUAAUUUCAAAGAUCUAGAAAGGUUUGCAAACUUUAAAAAUCAUGGAGUAUGCUGUAAA